UCGUUCGUCUGUCUGGGUCUCCGGCAUCGAUACCUUCUUCACUCGUUGGAGGCAUUACGUCAUCACAAGUACCACUGCGUAUCCCUACCGAAAACAAACAACUGCAACAAUCAUCAUGGGCGUGGGAAGAGUCGUGUGUGUGGCACUGCCAUUCAUACUCACAAUAUGUAGCAUAAUCUGCAUGCUGGUUGCUGGCCUUGCCGGUGUGACCAACGACAGCCUAUACAUGUUCCAGGUCAACACAACAGAUCUAACUAUCAGCCCUGCUUCGACAAGCGACAGCGACAGUACCAGCACAACCACCGAUGCUUUGACCAGCAACAUCACAGUCGCCGACCUUGGUCUCGCCGACUUGUACGACAUCACCCUCUGGGGAUACUGCCUCACUUCCCAGAGCGGAAGUCGCAAUUGCACUAAGGGUAAAUUCAAUUGGGCUGAGGCUGGUCUGAACACGUCCAAACUCACUACUGUUGGUUCGAGCGCCGGUGUCAACGUCACCCUUCCCUCCGAAGUCACCACCUCCUUGAACGCCUUCAUCACCGUAACGAAGUGGACUGAGGUUGUCUACAUCAUCGCCAUGCUCGCUUUGGGUCUGGAGCUCCUGUUCGGUUUCUUCACUGCUUGCUCUCGCGGCAUUUCUUGCCUCACAUGGAUCUUCUCCGGUAUCGCUACCAUUGCUGUUAUUGCCGCUGCGUCUAUGAUGACGGCUAUGUCCGUUGUUGUUGUCGGCUCGGUCGAGGCAACUGCCAAAUACUACGGAGUAUCCUCGAGCUUCAACAGAUCCUUCCUCGCUACCGUUUGGAUGGGUGCCGCAUUCGCUAUCGCUGCUGGCCUCUUUUGGAUGUUCACCAUUUGCUGCUGCAAGCCCGAGCGUCGCUCCAACAAGCGUCACAUGGACGAAGGCGAGAAACUUGUCCCCAAUGGCGCCUACGCGCCCCUUCACGACGGUAACAACCCCCACGCCUACAACCAACAACAGUACGGGGUUCCUCGCCACCAGAGUCAAGGUCGCUCUGACCUCGCGUAUGAGCCCUACUCGCACUCCCGCGUGUAGAGGCAGAGGAAUUUGGAUGCGUUGAUAGGAUUGUGGUAGCAUUCAUUACCAGAAAGAAUAUUGAAACACUGCCGUUGCAUUUGAUGGCGUUCGGGGACCUGAUAUGAAAUGAAUGAGAAUCUUCGUACAUAAUUGGGAAUGGGGGAAUUGGGAAUUAGGAUGAAUAGAGAUGGAACUGAAAGGUGAACCAAUACCCAACUGUCUUCUACAUAUAGAGUUACGCCAUAUA